AUGUCUCAAAAUUCUCAAAACCCACCUCGAAUGUCUCAAGAGCAAUUCAAAGAAGCUCAAAAUCAUCAACCUUCAAAAAAGGUGACAGAACCAGGAAAAGAAUCAUUCGGUCCUUCAAGCACGGCUCUUGGAGGCGUUGGCGCAUAUGCUGGAAAUAUCCCCGAAACAGCAGUUAAACACGAACCGACAACUGGUGACAAAGUACAAGGUGCCGUGAACAAGGCCGUGGGAACUGCGAAAGAAUACAUCGGAAGCGCCGUAAAUAAUGAAAAUCUAAAAAACAGCGGAGCUAUGCAGAGGGCGGCCGGAGACAAACAGAUGCAGGGGAUUGAUACGUCGUAA